GCUGAGCUACACUGGCCUACCUAGCCCCCCUGUCCAGACUCCAUUCUUAUGCCAAGCCAAGACUCGCGAGAUCAAACGAGGGAGAGUAAGUUAAGGAAACAUGGCGAUGUCUAAUUUGUUAAAGAACAAAGGGUCCCUCCAGUUUGAGGACAAGUGGGAUCAGAUGCGCCCAAUUGUCCUUAAGUUGCUUCGCCAGGAGUCCGUAACUAAGCAGCAGUGGUUCGAUCUAUUCUCAGAUGUUCAUGCAGUCUGCUUAUGGGAUGACAAAGGCCCUGCAAAGAUCCACCAGGCUCUUAAGGAGGACAUCCUAGAUUUUAUUAAGCAAGCCCAGGCGAGGGUGCUCAGUCACCAAGAUGACACUGCUCUCCUCAAGGCUUACAUCGUGGAGUGGAGGAAGUUCUUCACGCAGUGUGACAUUCUGCCUAAGCCAUUUUGCCAGCUUGAGAUCACCUUGAUGGGCAAGCAAGGUAGCAACAAGAAAUCCAAUGUGGAGGACAGCAUAGUGCGGAAGCUGAUGUUAGACACUUGGAACGAAUCCAUCUUUUCCAACAUUAAGAAUAGGUUGCAGGAUAGUGCAAUGAAGUUGGUUCAUGCCGAAAGGCUUGGAGAAGCUUUUGACUCUCAAUUGGUCAUUGGGGUGCGCGAGUCCUAUGUGAACCUGUGUUCCAACCCUGAUGAUAAGCUGCAAAUCUACAGGGAUAACUUUGAGAAAGCCUACCUUGACUCCACUGAGAGGUUCUAUAGAACACAGGCACCCUCCUACCUGCAGCAGAAUGGAGUACAAAACUACAUGAAAUAUGCAGACGCUAAGUUAAGGGAGGAGGAAAAACGCGCACUACGGUAUUUAGAGACCCGACGUGAAUGUAAUUCUGUUCAAGCACUUAUGGAAUGUUGUGUAAAUGCACUGGUGACGUCAUUCAAAGAAACCAUCUUGGCAGAAUGUCCUGGCAUGAUCAAACGCAACGAGACUGACAAGCUGCAUCUGAUGUUCUCCCUGAUGGAUAAAGUUCCCAGUGGAAUUGAGCCUAUGCUAAAGGACCUGGAGGAACACAUAAUUAGUGCUGGGCUGGCCGACAUGGUUGCUGCUGCUGAGACCAUCACAACUGACUCGGAGAAGUAUGUGGAGCAGCUUCUUACUCUCUUCAACCGCUUUAGUAAACUUGUGAAGGAAGCGUUCCAGGAUGAUCCUCGAUUCCUCACAGCCAGAGAUAAAGCAUACAAAGCAGUUGUAAAUGAUGCCACAAUAUUUAAGCUGGAGCUGCCAAUGAAGCAGAAAGGAGUGGGCCUCAAAACACAACCUGAGUCUAAGUGUCCAGAGCUGCUAGCCAACUACUGUGACAUGCUGCUAAGAAAGACCCCACUUAGCAAGAAGCUUACGUCUGAGGAGAUCGAGCUGAAAUUAAAAGAAGUGUUACUGGUGCUGAAAUACGUCCAGAAUAAGGAUGUGUUCAUGAGAUACCAUAAAGCUCACCUGACAAGGAGGCUGAUCCUGGACAUUUCAGCUGAUAGCGAGAUAGAGGAGAACAUGGUUGAGUGGUUGAGGGAAGUUGGUAUGCCUGCUGAUUAUGUCAACAAGUUGGCUAGAAUGUUCCAGGACAUUAAAGUCUCGGAGGAUCUAAACCAGGUCUUCAAGGAGAUGCACAAACACAACAAGCUUGCUUUACCAGCGGAUUCAGUCAACAUCAAGAUCUUGAAUGCUGGAGCAUGGUCUCGCAGCUCGGAGAAGGUCUUUGUGUCGCUGCCCACUGAGCUGGAGGACCUUAUUCCUGAAGUAGAAGACUUCUACAAGAAGAAUCACAGUGGCAGAAAGCUCCAUUGGCACCACCUUAUGUCCAAUGGCAUUAUCACAUUUAAAAACGAAGUGGGCCAGUAUGACUUGGAGGUCACUACUUUCCAGCUGGCCGUUCUCUUUGCCUGGAACCAAAGACCCAGGGAAAAGAUUAGCUUUGAGAACCUCAAGCUUGCCACGGAGCUACCUGACGCCGAGCUGAGACGCACGCUCUGGUCGCUUGUUGCCUUUCCAAAACUCAAACGACAGGUCUUGUCGUAUGAACCUCAAGUGAGCUCUCCCAAAGAUUUCACAGACAGUACAUUGUUCUUUGUUAAUCAGGAGUUCUCCUUGAUAAAAAACUCAAAGGUGCAGAAGAGGGGAAAGAUUAACUUGAUUGGCCGCCUACAGUUGACUACAGAACGAAUGAGGGAAGAGGAAAAUGAAGGCAUUGUUCAACUUAGGAUAUUAAGAACACAGGAGGCUAUCAUCCAGAUCAUGAAGAUGCGGAAGAAGAUCACCAACGCCCAGCUGCAGACAGAGCUGGUGGAGAUCCUGAAGAACAUGUUUCUUCCCCAAAAGAAGAUGAUCAAGGAGCAGAUCGAGUGGCUUAUCGAGCACAAGUACAUAAAGCGAGAUGAGUCGGACAUUAACACCUUCAUUUACAUGGCGUAGCGCUGAGGUUUACGCUGGAGAUGCUUAUUGUUCUGAUCAAGGUGAAGAUGGUGAAACCUGCAGGAGGUCAGCAGUGGGAGAGGGGUGCUGAAGCCGUGGAGAAACCACACUGGCUGCUGAUCUUCUCGUGGAGCGACGGGCUUGUUUUUAAUGACCGACAGUCACACACCAGAAUAGCUCAUUUAAAGAAAAUCCCUGCCUUACCUUACAGUAAAGAAACAUGAGUUGAGGAUGGGAGAUUUCAGAGGAAAAAAAGACAAAAUUGACUCUAUUUUUGCCAACUGGUAGUCAGUAUGCAUGGUGGGUGGUUUGCCUUUUUUUUUUUUCGUGAGUGUCUACAUCUCCAACAGCAUGCCGUCAGUGGGAAUGUCUUAGUCAUCCAAGGACCUGUUUGUGUGUGCUGUGUUUGUGUGCCCCCCUCUCUCUCCCAGCCAUCCGUCUGGGCCAGACUGUGUCCACUCUUCUCCUCCUCCCCUGGCCCACAGCUCACACUGCGCCUGCUGCUGUCACCAUCCUCCAGUGGACAUUGGCCAUUCUUACAGGUUCCUACAGCUCCCACUGCAGCCACACAGGAGCCCUCACCAGGAUGGAGGACUUGAGCGUUAGCACUUUACACACUCUGCCACACUAUGUCAGCAUGGCUUUCUUUCUUUCAUCUAUUGUGUGUGUGUGUGUGUAUGCGUGGGUGUAUUUUUCUUUGUUUUCUUUCUUCUUGCGAGAUCACUUUUGAACUCAAGAUAGCUGAUUGACACAGUGUGUUUAUGCUGCAGGAUGUCCAUCCAGAUGUCACAAAAAAACCUUCAUUUCCUUUCCCUGGCCUACACUGCAUCAAGCAUCAUCUGCCUCUACUCCUCCUUUAGGAGGAGGAUGAUAUGGAUGUUUAGUAGGUGUUAACAGGUGGUUGCUGUUGUUAGUUAUUGUUGUUAUUGAGGUAUUACAAGCCAGUAAGGUCACUGAACUUUUAUUUUUGUGUGUUUUUCUCUCGAGUGGAGGCAGAUGAAAAACCUCACAUGAAAUAGUAUCUCUCCAUUCAGAUUUGUCCAGGAGAGUUUGUUCACUCCAACUUUGACCUUCAAGCUUAUGAAGCACAUAAGUGGAUAUUUGAGUUUAAAAAAAAGGUUAGGUCCAAGUUAUGUCCGUCUAAUCUUUACUCUGUAAACCUCAGGCACAGUGGGGCAGCCAAGUUAUUUCAAGCAGAUGUUGUUGGAAUGUUUUCUGUGCUUGAAGCAGCUCACAGUACUGGUUUGCUUACUCCCUUACUAAUUGCACAUUGCCAAAGUAAAACAUGGAGGGGUUAAUAUUAAUAUUACACAGGAAUGAUAUAGAAAAAUAUUUUGUAGUAUGUCCUUUUUACCCCCCUCGUUUUGGAUUGGUUCUGUCCGACAGACUUAAUGACUGUGUCUUAAUUAUCUUGUCACUUUUUUGAAUUUCCUGCAAAACAGCCACAUCAUGUAUUAACAAAUUGGAGCAAUUUGCUAUAGUUGGGCCUUUUCAGCUCUGCUGUUAUAUCAGGUUAUGUAGUACUUGCUUUUGAUGCUACACCCUUGAACAGAAAAGCCAAUAAGCAGGUUAAGAGAGUUGUUUGGUGCACUGACACACUCUGAGCUUUAUUAUGUAAUAUUUGACACAUUGUAAUCACUAGCCAGACCUGUGAACUUAGUGAUAUUGCGUUAUGUGAUGAGAUUCGUUUAAAAGUGUAGCUGCUAAUGUGUCUUCAACCUAUCUAAAAUGUUUCACACCAGUCAUUAGUUGAGACAUUUGUCUCCUUACCGGGAGUAGCAAGUGAUCUGAGAUCGUUUAUUUUUUUUUAGCUUGUCUCAUACCUGGCAUCAUUUGGCAUGUGAUUAUAAUGUAAAAGUCAUUAAAUAUUACACAGAAGAACUUGUGUUAACCAAAAGCAAAGUGUAUACAUGGAAUAGUUCAAUUUUUGGGACAUAAUUUGUUUCCUAAAACAACCCGUCCAUAAUAUUUCUAACAGUUUUACACAGCUGCCUUUCUAAAAGACAACCAUUUUUCUUCCCUGAUGCAGUAGCAAUUCAGUGUUGUUAUGUUUUUCCAAUUAUCUUCCCUGUCUGUGUAGCAUGUUAUAAGUCUUGAUGAAAUUUAAGAUGUUCGUAUGGAUAAUGCCAAAAUAGCCUGAGCUUUUUGUUCAGGUUUAAGUGGGCUACAUAAAAGUUUUCUAAUUUAUCUAAUUUUAUUUAAUGGUCAUUAAGAUUCCCUUAAAAUCCUUAUAAAUUGGCCUCAGACAUGAAUGAUGAACUUGAUUAAUCAGCAUAGCACAGUGGUCACUGUAAUGUGUUGUAAUCAGCUGGAAAUUCAUGCCACGUUAAUGAGAAUGUGACAAAUAGUGCAGGUUCACAGACCAGACAGGAAAGACUGUUGCAAGCUUGGGUGUUUAAUUCUGAGCUUUUAGGAAAUCAAAAGCCUUGUUGCCUGUGUAAUCUUACAUACAAUUCCUUCAGAGCAGCAGAAAGCCAGUAAAAUGAUAAUAUAAUGUUGUUCACUUUAUUUAUUCAGAAUUAUAAUGUGAGUGGGGGUGUGGGAACGGAUGUGUAUGUGUGCAUUGGGUAAUUGGGAGCCACUGAUCAGUGAGACACAGUGAAGUUCUGUUUCUACAUGAUUCAUUGCUUAAUUUACAAUUUGUGGAGAGGGUUUAUUCUUCCCUUUCCUCUGACUGGCCUGUAUUGCUUGUGAAGUUAAACACUUUGGUAGGGAUUUUUUUGUUGAUUUCUGGCAACAGGUGGUUUGAAUGUUAGGCCUUUAAAGAGAGAAUGAUGAGAUUGGAAAUUUGUAUUAACUUCCGAAUGAAGGCAUAGUAUAUUAAGCAUUUUGAAUCAUUUUUGCAAGCCUAUUUCAGGCAUACUAACAGAUGCAUGUCCUAAUAGAAAUACAUUCACACAAAACCAGAAUGAGCAAUAAUCAGGCAAGCAUUAAACACUUGAAGAAAGCUGGCAGAAUUUGUUCUGGAUACAUCUGAGCCCUGAUCAUGACUGCCUAGAAUUUCCCUUUUGCAGUGCUUUUAGUAUCGCUUUAAGUGAAAGGCAGUAGGACAUGGGGAGUUCUGCCAUUAUACGUAGAUAAGAGGAUGUCAUGUUGUGUUUGUAACAUUGAGGCUUGUACUGAAGUGGAAUAGGAGUGUUGCAUGAGAAUUUGCACUCAUUUCCAGCAUUGGCUGCCCCACUUUUAUCUCACACAAAGUUACAAAGCGCAUGCAUCUCUUUUCCUUCAUCUGCUUCCACUGUCCUUGCAGUUUUACAGUUAUUUUGCAAAACGGAUCGUUAUCCAAACUUGACACUGGUUUUCAAAAUCUGUAAAGAAGUGUGGGAGUCUGUGUGUGUUCAUUCUUCUGCCCACUUUUCACAUACUUUCUACUGUUACUUUAUCCAGACAUAGCCUAUAUGCUGCAGUGAGGCAUAUAAUCAGUAUUUGUCAUCUUAAUUGUUUUUGUAUCGACAGGCGUCGCAAAAGGUUGAAUAGAGUUGUCGGAAUGAUUUUCAGUGUUAAUUUCUAAGUAAGUGACUAAGUUUCUGCACUCAGCAUUUUUUUUUCCUCCAGGAAAAUGAAAGCAAGAUAUUGAGUAUGCUUAGUGUGGGAUGCCACCUCUGUGACAAUAAAAAAAUAUUAAUUUAAUUAUUAAACGUGCAUUUACUCUGCCUAGGAUUGUCUAAAUAUACUUUUUAGGAUGUGCAGAUCUGUAAACUUGAAGAGUUGGGUUUUCGAAUCCUAUACUGAAUAUAUCAAGCGAAUGUGUGCCGCUAGCUGCAGUGAGGGUUUGGAGCCGCGGAGUGCCCGAGUGGACGUUUAUCUUGCAGUCUGGGUGAACUGUUUUGGUGUACUCCAUUCAUUUAUUUUUCUUUGAAUGAGUUUCUUUUUUUUUUUAAGUUGUAUAAUUUAUUUCCUUGCAAAAUAAAGAUGUCUUUUAAGGAGACUGAUAUGG